AUGAAGCAAUUUUUUGUUCUAUCUAAUGUCAUACUACUUCUAUCCUCAUACGAUGCCGCUGCAUUAAUUUCGCCGUCAGAGUCACCUGUGUUCUCUCCAUCAUCCGAACCAUCCAACAAUGAUUGUUCCACAGUAGUAUACGGCAUGUUUGAUUGUCUUUCGUUUUUAACAGUUGGAUCAGCUGACAGUAGUCCGACCAAAGCAUGUUGCGAUGGGGUUAAAAUUGUUCUUGAAUAUAACUCUACCUGUCUUUGCGUUGCGUUGGAGAGUAGUCGUUCAAUGGGGUUUGAUUUGAUUAACAAUAGAGCUCUUGCUAUGCCUUCUACUUGUAACAUCCCCAUUGAUCCUCAUUGUGUAUCUCCUUCGAAACCACCGACGACUACACCAUCCGCCAGUUCAUCUCCAGGAAUAACCACACCAUCACCGUCUGUUACCCCUUCACCUGCAAGUAGCCAUUCUUCUGCGGCUAAAUCUCGUUCAUCACCAACAAUUAUACAAUCACCGCCAACACUUACUGCUCAAUCACCUGCUAUGUUUGCUCCUUCCCCAUCCAAAUCUGGAUUCGAAAAUAAGUCCUUAUCUAGACCUGAAGCCCCAUCAAACUCGCAAGUUUUAUAUAACUAG